UUAUCAUGUCUGGUCGCGGUAAAGGUGGUAAAGUCAAGGGAAAGUCAAAGACCCGUUCGAGCAGGGCCGGACUCCAGUUCCCCGUCGGUCGUAUCCAUCGUAUGCUCCGUAAAGGAUCGUACGCUGAGCGUGUCGGUGCCGGUGCCCCCGUGUACUUGGCCGCCGUCAUGGAGUACUUGGCCGCUGAAGUCCUCGAGUUGGCCGGUAACGCCGCUCGUGACAACAAGAAGACCCGUAUCAUCCCCCGUCACUUGCAGUUGGCCAUCCGUAACGACGAAGAGUUGAACAAACUUCUCUCCGGAGUUACCAUCGCUCAAGGAGGUGUCUUGCCCAAUAUCCAGGCUGUUCUCUUACCCAAGAAAACCGAUAAGCCCGCCAAGGCUUAAAAUUCUUU